AUGGUUCGAGGUGUGGUGACCAUGGAGCGUGUGGCGAUGUUCUCAGCAGCUCAUCGACUCCAUUCUAAUCAGCUGAGCGCUGAAGAGAACGCCGCAACCUACGGAAAAUGCAACAACCCGAACGGACACGGCCAUAAUUACGUGUGGAAGGUGAAGCUCCGUGGGAUACCAGACCCGGUAACUGGAAUGUUGUACGAUUUGGCUCAGCUGAAAAAGGACAUGCAAGUCGUACUCGAUACUGUUGAUCACAAGAACCUUGACAAGGAUGUCGAGUGGUUUCAGCAUAAUGUGAGCACGUCGGAGAACGUGGCCAUCUAUCUAUGGGAGAAACUUCGUGUACAGAUGAAAACGCCAAAAAUGCUCUACAAAGUGACCGUUGAGGAGACACCAAAGAAUAUUUUUACGUAUAAAGGCGAAAUCUAG